GUAUUGAUUGCUACAGAACUGUGUCUUCACAAACGCCACAACCUGUCAGAGGAAUCACCGGAAGCGUAGCAGCUGCAGGUACUGUGACAUUUUAAGCUUGUAUAACUUGUUUUGCCACGAAAUCUUAAACUUGGGUCAAAAGGGCAAAAGAUUGCUAUCUAUAAAUGUGAAAAAAAGCAACGUUGCAAGUGUCAGAUAUUCCUUGUGCUUAUAACGGAAGAGCAAGAUUUAAUUUGCUUAUUAAAAGUGCAUAAACAAUUGGCAACAGUGCCUUCAUUUGUCAAGUAGAUAAUGCUAGGCAAGGAUAUAGGGUGACCAGAAUGCCUUGGGCAUUAUAAGUAGAAAGGUGAAACUUCAAAUGAACAAAGAUUGAUAGAUAGAUAGACAGAUAGAGUGCUUUUUCUGGGGGGAUGCAGGGGGAUUCUAGGUAAGGGCUGACAGUCCCCACUGCAGCUCCCCGGAUAAAUAUAUGUGCCAAAUAGGACCAAACAGCUAUUUAUGAUCUGCAACAUACUGCUUUUCAAACUCCCACUAGCCUCUCAACACAAUUUCUCAAACGACUUGAGAGGCUGUUGCUGUUCAGUAGAUUGCAAAAUACAAGGACCUUGAGCUCACUGAACCAACUGCAAGGCUCUGUGUACCCUACUUCUCCACGCUGCACCCAUGAGGCAAGGUGAGGCAAGGUGCCUCAGGUGGCAGGAUCCGCAGGGCAGCAGAACCCAACGUAGAUCUUUAUUUUCCCUUUGUUCCUGAUGUAGAUCUUCACUCACCCCUUCUUCCCUGGCGGGGGGUGGGGGGUGCCAUUUUGUGGUUUGCAUCAGGUGCAAAAAUGUCUCAGGCUGGCCCUGGCUGCAACUGCAAAGGAGAAAGUGUCUCUAACUUACCAUAUGGAUCAUCCACACCGUGUAGGUUCUUUGUGCUACCACCAGAGGUUGCUGGUAAUUGCUAAUAAAUAACAUGGAAGUCUUGCCAUAUGGCUCAGAUCAACUACAUUCUUCAUGCACACAGCAGGCAGAAACCAAGACAGUUAUUUUCAGGCGGUUUUCAAAGGAUGUGGUAACACAUAUGGUUGCACGUUGCAUCACCAAACAAAAGAAAGAUUUUAACUGCUUCAGAACCUCCUUGAUGAACUUAAUGCGCUGUAAUUCUAUGUAUUACAGACCAGGUAUGUUCCUUCACCUCUCUUAAGGUACACUGCAUUGAACUUACAAUUUUUUUAUUUUAUUUGUUUUAUUUAUGCUUCUCAGAAUUAUAAAUUUUACUAAUUUUACAAUUAUUUUAACAUUUCAAAACUUGACUUCCUUCCCCUUCUUUCUGUGGUUCCUUAAAUUUAUUUUUAAUAUCUUCUGCAUAUCCAAAUUAACUCAAUUUGCUUUUUUAUUCAUCUUCUUUAAAUAUACAGUAGUACCUGUUUACAAACUUAAUCCGUUCUGGAAGUCUGUUUUUAAAGCGAAACCAUUCUUAAACCAAGGAGCGCUUUCUCUAAUGAGGCCUCCCGCUGCCGGUACCCUUCCACCGUUCGGAUUGCAUUCUUAGACCAAGGUAAAGUUCUCAAACCAAGACACUAUUUCCAGUUUUGCGGAGUUUGUAAACCAAAUCGUUCUUAAACCAAGGUACCACUGUAUACUCAUAAAACUGCAGGUUAUUGCAAUAACCCUGCCAAUGUUCUUAUCUGUUUACAAUUUAUCUGUAAAUCCUCAAUAAACCAUUUCCAUUCUUUUAUAAAAAGUUUGUUGUCUUGAUUUCUUAUUCUUCCAGUAAGUUUCUGUAUAUUCCAUACGUUCUUGUAUCCAUUCUUCCUUUGUUGGAAAUGUACUUGCAAUUUAUUAAGAACAUACAAAUUGCGGGCACAGCACAUAAUAUUUCAUUGGGGCUGCAAACUUAAAAAAUUGUUUGGGAGAAUAUCCCACUGAACACAGCUAGCCUUUCUUCCUUGUUAACAUGCAGAGAAUUGGGCCCUAAGGCACCAAUAUUGCCAAGUUAUGUGUGGUAACAAAUCUAGAGUUCAAUGAGGUUUACAGAACAUUAGGAUUAGGUGUCAUAUACAGAGCGCAUGGAUUGAUUGGGAAUGUAUGGGGUGGGGUUAUUUUUUAUCCAGUUGCAUGAAUGCUUUAGCAUCCAACGUUGGGACAAACUAAUGAAAGUGCUAUUUUUGUGGGAAAGAAAGAAACACUUCUUUUGUCAAAGCAAUGAUGUGUCCUGUCUAUUGCAUUUUUCACAGGUUGCAGUAAUGGACUCCCUCUCAGUAGCCAACGGCAGCUUUCUUCUAGAUCUUUACAAAAAGCUGAUCCAAUCAUCCGAAGGCAAUAUUUUCUUUUCUCCUUGGAGCAUCACAUCUGUUCUAGCCAUGGUCCACAUGGGAGCAAGAGGUAGAACUGCCAGCCAGAUGGCUGAGGUAGGCUCUUGAAUUUGUCUGCGACCACUGCACAUUUCAAUCUUGCACAUAGUUUGGAGAUAUAGUACAGUGGUACCUUGGUUCUCAAACUUAAUCCAUUCUGGGAGUCCGUUCGACUCCCGAAACCAUUAAAAAACCAAGGCGCGGCUUCCGAUUGGCUGCAGGAGCUUCCUGCACUCAAGCGGAAACUGUGUUGAAUAUUCGGCGUCCAAAAAACAUUCACAAACCGGAAGACUUACUUCCAGGUUUACAGCGUUCGGGAGCUGAUUUGUUUAACAACUAAGCCGUUCAGGAACCAAAGUACCACUGUACAAUAAAUGCUGUUGCUACAUACGGCAUCUGUUAAAGUGCUUUAUUGCAACGUUGUGUCCCCGGAUGUUAUUGGACUACAACUACCAUCUUCCUUAACCAUUGAUUAAGUUUUGGGGGGUUGAUGGGUUUUGUAGGCCAGCAGAAUCUGGGGACCCAAGAUUGAAGAACACUGAUCUGAAGAACAUUGUUGUGUACACGAACAGGAGGAAGAUGGGAAACCAGAUAACCAACUGAUACUAAUAAUGUCAACAUGCAUGUGCAAACAAAUCCACAGCCUAGCCGUAGAAGAAAAUGAAACUAUAAUUUGAAAUUGUCAGAAUUAAAACUACGAUUUGAGAAAAACAUUUCAGUGUUGAAAACAAGCUGGUCGUAAUCUUGAAUGCCAUGUAAAUAUUUUAUCAAUCUAGGUUCAAUUGCUGAAUUACUAAGAAAUUAUUGUAUGUAUCUGUUUUAUGUAAUUAUCUUAAAAAUAAAUCUUUACAACUCUGCUUACAGGUGCUUCGUUUCAAUGCAUCAUCAGAAGAGUCUGAAAGGCCUUCACAGGUAAUAUCAUUCUAUAACAGGUUUGGCAAUCCUAAACACUCUGGAAGUAAGUUAUGUUGCCUUCCAUGGGAUUUACUGGUAAGGCAGCAGUCCUAUGAAAUUUACAACCCCUCCAAUAUUUGUGUUUUUGUACACUUUGAAGAGCUGCAUUGCAAAAUUUGGAGAUGUGGACAUUUUGAAGGAUAGCUGUGUUCAGGUUAGCAUAUUGGUUGGAGAAGUAGGAGUUAGGUAGCUUCUCAUUAAAAUACACAUAAAAUUAAAUUUCUCUAUCUUCUUCUUUGGCGAUCACUUGUAACUGAGUAAGAUUGUCUCCCAUGAACGCAGUCUUAGCAUAAGAUUACCAGGUAUUUUUCCAAUGACUCUGGGGACGCUUUUCAACUUCAGUCAAAUUCAGUGGAUUUUGUCAGGGGACUGAUCUGUAAAUCCGGGGACUGUUCCCGGGAAAUGGGGAUGUCUGGUAACCUUAUCUUAGCAGUGAUUCCGUAAGUGACUGUGGAGGCCAAUUCUGGAUCCACAUGUCCUUCCACAGUAGGGACAUAGGUUUCUGGGCGGGAGCUGAUCAUGGUGAGGGUUUGCCAAAUGUGCCUUCUUCUUAGCACGUUUCUCCCUUGCAUCCUGAGUUGGAGUGUCUUCAAAGCCCAUGACACCUUUGGUAAAGGCUGUUCUCCAAUUGGAGUGCUCGCAGGCCAGUGUUUCCCAAUUGUCGGUGUUUAUAUUACAUUUUUUUAAAAAAUUGCCUUGAGUGAGUCCUUAAACCUCUUUUGUUGACCACCAGCAUUGCGCUUUCCAUUUUAAAGUUUGGAAUGAAAUAGUUAUUUUGGAAGAUGAUAAUCAGACAUCCGCACAACAUGACCAGUCCAAGUAGAACAUAAUAUAUAACAUAACAUAACAUAACAUAACAUAACAACAUAACAUAACAUAACAUGUUAAUUAGAUCAUAAUAUAAAUUAUUGCAUUGAGCAUGCCAAAGUUUAGUCAUUUUCCAAAGGAGGAUGGAAGAAAAAAGCUAAACUCUGGGCAGCAACUAGUUUUGCAUGAUUGUCAUUUUACAAAACAACAACAAAUAAACCUAUGGUCACAUAAAGCAUCCUCAAUAAACACACGAGAUGUAACCGGCUGUGUUCUUAGAUAAAUAAGGUAGAUAAAUUUGUAUCAAAUUUCAACAGAAAUAACUCAUAAAGUUCAACAAACGAACAAAGCAGAAGACCCAGUGGAUCAGAUCAUUCUCUAGUCAGUUCAUGCAUAAAUAAGGUCCAUCCGUGUAAUGGUCUCUAUUCCACCUGUCUGUUCAUAAAGUCCAAACAAUCCACAUGAAAGGUUGUUACAGUUCCCCAAAAUCCUUUCACAGAGUCUAGACAAGGAUUUCCGGAAUAUUGGCCUUGUUUCGCCGUCCUGGGCUUCAUCAGUAGUUAAAGCAAAUAUAUGAUAUUACAAGACAGUGGAUCUUAUGGCAUAGUAGUAGCUGUGGUACAUUCAAUUUUCCCCUGGCAAUCCCCCCCCCAACUAAACUGCUACAGUCAUAUCUUGGAUCUCAAACACCUUGGCUCCUGAACAAAUCAGUUCCUGAACAAUCAAAACCCAGAAGUGAGUGUUUCUGUUUUUGAAUGUUCUUUUGGAAGCAGAACAUUCAACGGGGCUUCCACAGCUUCCGAUUGGCUGCAGGAUCCUCCUGCAGCCAAUCAGAAGCCGUGCUUUGGUUUCCAAACAUUUUGGAAGUCAAAUGGACUUCCGGAACGGAUUCUGUUUGACUUCCAAGAAUGGUUAUCUACCUAUGCAGUACCAUCAACUCUAACGCAACUGAGAUUUUUAUAUGCAAUGGUGUCUCCCUGUAAAGGAACCAGGACUCAGUAAAGAUGAAACCAUCAACAGUCAAUUCCAGGAACUGAUUUCUAAAAUCAACCAACCCAAUAACACCUACCUGCUGAAAACUGCUAAUAGAGUAUAUGGAGAAAAGACUUUCGAUUUUAACAGCGUGAGUAUUUUAUACUAUGCCGCCAUGUUUCAUUUGAAAAUAGUUACAUAUAUAAAAAUAUAGUUCUAAUCACAAAGAUUACUUCCACAUAGCAUAAUUAGAUAAUAUGGUGUUAAGAAAAACUGAAAGUGUUGUAUGCGGUAUAUGAUGCAAUAAUACUGAGCUAAAGGGUGAUCAUUAUUAAAUUUAAUAUACAUUUUAUUUUGUGGUGCUUAUUUCUAGAUCUGUUUUUCACAGUAAUAAUUUCACAACCCCAAUUUAAACAUUUACUUUUAUUCAACAUGUUUGUAUCCUGCCUUUCUUACAAGGAUCUCAGGAUGAUAUAUAUGGAUUUAUUCGUUUUUUGUGUUUACAACCAUUCUGUAAAAUAGGUUGGGCUUUCCAAAGACAAUAAGUAGCAGCCACAAAUGAGUCCGGAUUCUAACCUGGGUUUCCACUGCAGUCUGAUAUCCUGCUCUGUGGUGAAUGUGGAUUAAAAAAUGUUGCACACCACCCCAAUCUCUGAGCGGUGUGAGAUUCUGGAGAUUCCAGGGGUUGUGUUACCUUUGGAAAUGAGACACUGCACAGACUGUGGCGUCUUUAUGAUAUAUGGUUUAUUUACGCAUAUUGCAACCUUAGCCUAAAAUGGAGGGGUUCACAGCAUCAACACCCCAUGGGCAUAGCUGUCAACGUUUCCCUUUUUUUAAGGGAAAUUCCCUUAUUCCGAAUAGGAUUCCUUCCAAGAAAAGGGAAAAGUUGACAGCUACACCUAUGGGUCAUGUUUUUCUCAUAGCCGCAACCUUAGACAUUUUGGUUUCUCUUCAGAUUGUAUAAAACUUCUGCCUUAAAUUCAACCAAAAUCAAACAUUGGUCUUGUCUCUCUGCAUUCUCUCAGCUUGCUGGUUUAUAUCUGGCCCACAUCACUGCAGACUCUCAGCUCUCAUCUUUGUCUUUUUUCUACCAGCCAGUUGAGGGACAGGGGUGGGCACCCAUUUGCUGCCUCACCCAAAUCCACUUCCUUUGUUCCCCCAAUGACCCAUCACCCAGGCUAUCACCUUAAUAGAAAGCUGUGUUCUAUUUUGACACUUUCUGGAUCCAGGGGUUAGAAGGUUCUCUGCAUGCAACCCACCUCCCCCUUCCCCCUUCCCAAAAAAAGAGAGAAACUCAUAACAAUUUAUAUUUUUGCCGUUAUAAUUUUCAGGAGUACCUUCAGCUCACUAAGAAGUACUACCAUGCAGAACUACAACCGGUUGAUUUUUUGAAUGCUGCAGAACAAGUCAGAGACCAGAUCAACGUUUGGGUUGAAAAACAAACUGACAGUAAGCUUAUUUAUUCAGCCACUGCAGACUGUAAUUCCAAGUAUUACUCUACUGAAUGCUCAGUUCCAGACCUGUCCUUGAGUCUUAAUGUCUUUAGAACCACUUAGGGAGUCAAGGGAAUACAGUGGUACAUCGGGUUAAGUACUUAAUUUGUUCUGGAGGUCCGUUCUUAACCUGAAGCACCACUUUAGCUAAUGGGGCCUCCUGCUGCUGCCGCACCGCCAGAGCACGAUUUCUGUUCUCAUCCUGAAGCAAAGUUCUUAACCCAAGGUACUAUUUCUGGGUUAGCGGAGUCUGUAACCUGAAGCGUAUGCAACCUGAAGCGUAUGUAACCUGAGGUACCACUGUAAACCCUAAGCUACAAGAAAAGCAGAGAAAACAGUUUUAAAGUUAAUUAAAGAUUUACAAAAUCUACUGUAUCUCCAGGCUUGAAAACUGGAUUCUGAUUUCUAUAGAGGGAUACAAUGACCCAGUUCUGGUACCCUGAAAAUGCUUCAUCACCUCUAGCCAGCAUGUCCAAUGGUCAGGGAUGACAUGUGUUUUAAUCUUAAACAUCUAGAGGAUACCCUUGUUGAGCGUUAUGAGAAAGGGCCACAGCGAAUCUUGGCUUUGUCCCAGGGCUGUCUUAAGCAUAUGCAGCACCAGGGUGCAAAGAUCUGCCCAAUGCCCCCCCCCCAGGUUGCCCAGUCCCAGGCGUACAGAAGGGCAGAGCCAGCCAGCCGCCUCAGUGUCUCGCUGGCUCUGUUGCCUCCGAACUCGCGGAGCAGAGCUGUGCGCAGCAGAAGAGCCCACGGUGGUGCUCCAACUGACAAGUGGGCUCUUCCCCGGACUCUCAGCCUGGCGCCCCUGAAAGCCCAGCGUCCAGGUGCCCCACACCCCUAGCGCCUAUGGGUAAGACGGCCCUGGUUUGUCCACCCCCAUCUUCUCUGAUGCACCUGUGAGAUCAGAAGCUUGCACUUCCAAUUGGGAUUAACCGUGGGUUAGUGUGUUAUCCAAACCCUGAACCAUGGUUAAUCUUAACUAUAGUCAGCUGAAACAAGUCAGCUUCAAAAAGUGCAGUUUAUGUUUCAACUAAAGUUCUCUGCUUGUCUGAGUUUAGUUGAUACAGCAAGUUGCAGUAAUCUAAAUAAAAGCUUCUUAACUCCUCCUUGGAGGUACACCGGGGGCAAGGGAAGUGCAUGAAACUGAGGUUUGCUAAAGCUAGUUCUACAUCCAAAUCAUCCCAUUUGUACAGGAAACCAUGUGCAAUUCCAAUGUAAAUGUAUUUGAGGAACUGACACAUUUUUCUGAGUUUUGAAAAAAAGAAGAAGUGACUUUCUGGGCAUAAUGUGCAAUCCCUAGCUGCUUAAAUAUUGAAAUCCAUUUGUUCUAUUUAGUUUCUCCCUGUAAUGGCUUAAUAAUUGGUUCUCAUCAUGCUAGCUGCUUCCCCUUUACAGCUCCAAGUAAUAUUCAUGCAGGUGAAUCAGCCAGCUAGAGCCUGGGUCUGGGAAAAGCAAGGUUCUUUAAUGACAGAAAUUCACUUUUCCAUUUCACCUGAAGAACCCACAAGCCAUGGGGAAAGCAGUCGUGAGAUUUAUAGCAGAACUGGGAAAGAGUUCAGAUGAGUGACUCCUAGGCUUGACUCAGAACAACAGCAUUCCUUUUAGAGCCAUUUCCUAUUUGUAUAGCAACACUGGGAUGCCAGUACAUUAACAACACCCUUCUGUUUUCCAAAAGACAAAAUCAAGAAUCUUCUGCCUAAAGAUUCAGUUGGUGCUCAAACAGCACUGGUCAUAGUAAAUGCCAUUUACUUCAAAGGAAAGUGGGAGAAAAGAUUUGAGAAAGCAAACACUACUGAGAAGCCUUUCAGACUGAGUAAGGUACGCAUGUGUUAAUAAAAUAAAAGGUGUGUUUUUCCAUGAAUAUGACACGUUCUGCUGGUAUCAAUUCUCUGUAAAAUUAUUCAGAGCUCUGUGCACAAGGAAAACCACUAAAUGUUUAUAUUAAGAAAGAGAAUUGUGGGUUUAUUCUUGGUUUGAAAGUGUUGUCGUUAAUUGAGUGCAUCUCUUGAAAAGCUACAGUGCAAUUCUAAACAUGUCUAUCCAGAAGUAAGUCCUACUGAUUUCAAUGAGGGCUUGCUCCCAGGUAAAGCGUGUUUUAGAUUGUGGCUUUAUUCUUAUUAAACUUAGAAAGUUGCUACUGUAAUGAAUUCUGCUUAAAUCUGGCAUUGUGACUUAUGCCUACCUUAAUUGCUACUAAUAUGAUGGUGAAACUUGGUUGGGGGGGAAUAAACAUGUGAUGAUAUAGCACUCUGAAUUAAAGUGGCCAGGAGCAAAGCAAAAUAUAGUGAAACAAGUAGGAUUCAAACACAGAAGGACUGUGCACCAGCAGAUGCUCUCAUUGCUAUCCAAAGAAUCACCAGUGCGGCAGAAAACCCUGAUGUCACCCACUCAACCACACUCCCUCUGCACCUUUUGGACUAAUCUAAAGCCACCUCAGAUUGCCCAGGGCUAGAUCUACAUCGCCCUGUUUAAUGUAAUUAGAAUGAUACCAGGUACAUCAUUCUAAAACAGGGCAUACUUGUAAAUCAAAGUGUUUCUUACCUUUGUCCCCCCCCCAUCAAAACACUGUCUCCCUACUGCUGGUUGUUCUGUAGUGCCACCUGGUGUCCCAUUUUUAAUAAAACAUUAUGAACAUAAAAAGUAAAGUGUCAUGUGUCCAAAUACGUUAGGAAAACCAUUCCUUAACGUUAAAAACCAUGCGUGUAGAUCUGCCCCAGGUUUAGAUACGAGUGCUUGUUUUUAGCUUUUCAGUGCUGCCCCCUGGUGGAAACAACACUAUUCCAUUGUUCCCAUUCCCAUAACAACCGCCCCCCCCAAAGAAAAGUAAUGAGGGGUGGGGGGGGAAGUUGCCCGUGUUUGAGAGAGAAAGGCCUUUUAUUUAGUUUUAAUGCUUCAAGCUUCUUGGUCUGAAUGGCACAUCUGAAUGGCAGUUCAUUUCAGUUGGGAAAAGGAUCGCAUGUGUUUUUUAUUACAGACCCAGUCAAAGCCUGUGCAAAUGAUGUUUCUAAAAGGUACAUUGCCAACCUUCUACAUUGAUAUCCUGAGGGUUCGUAUUCUUGAGCUCCCAUAUGAGAACAAUGAUGUCAGUAUGUUCAUCAUGCUUCCAGACGACAUUGAAGAUGAGUCAACUGGUCUGGAAAUGGUAAAAUACUUGCUUUCAUGUCUCCAGAGACUGUUAGACAUUUCAUUUCAUCCCUAAAUAAAUCAGGGGUGGGGAAAUCUGUGAGCCUCCAAAAUGUUCCUGGACAACAUUUGGACAGAGAUGAUGGGGUGGAGGGGUUGUAGUUCACUAGCACAUAGAGGACCACAAUUUCCUCACCCCUGAUUUAUAUAAACAGAGAUAGAUGCACAAAACAUUGUCUGAUUUUUCCCGCAUUGUCACAUCCACCUCCAUACAUUUAAAGCACAUGACUGUGAGGCAUUCUCAAAGUAAAGGAAGGAUUGAACUCUGAUUAAUAAGAGUACGCACAGAGGCUUCAACCAGCAAGACUCUGGGAAGGGUGCAUAUAAUAAUAUUUAUCUCCACCCUCCAGCCCAUGUCGUUUUAUUCACAAAAGAACUUUUUACAGAGUGUUCGUAAGAACCAAUCAGAUUUCUUCUGAGCAUUUCAACAAACCCCAUGUGGGGACAAAGUCAGAUCAAAAGAAAUUCUUUUAACUACAAAGACUACUCUGAGCAUGCAUACAUAAUCUGAGAGUAAAUAAAAGAGGACUAGAGAAACUCCGGAGAUCACCAACAGGAGUAAACAGGAGAGGAUGGAAGGAUGGCAAGGAGAUAGGCAUCUUUAUCACCUUCCUGUGAAACUAUUUCCAGACCCUAAGAUCAACAUCCUGAGAUUAACAUAUUGGAAAGGCUACUUCAAAGAAGCUGCCCACUAUCUUCCACAGCCCAGGAUGCAUGAUGCAUCAACUGGCACCUGGCUGUGUACGUGACUUGUCAAGCCAGAGAAAUGGAACAGGGGUGCAGAGGUGUGGAUUGAUCAAAAAACAUAUCAAAAUAGUUUAAACCCAGUCAACGCAAUGCUUUCAUUGCUGACACAGAUGGCUUACUCUAUUGUUAUAAUUCCUCAUAGCAAUCCCACCUGAUCACUACAUGACUUCCCCCAAAGGAUCCUGGGAACUGCAGGUUAUUUCCCAAAGAGCAACAGUUCCCAGGUUUCUUUGGGGGGAGCCAUGUGCUUUAAAUGUAAGGUGUGAAUGUGAUGGAGCCUUAUAAACCACAGGCUAGCCCAAGUCCACGAAAGUACAAUUUUUUGCUUGUUUACUCAGAACUCCCAUUGUGAUCAGUGGGGCUUAAUCUCAAGUGCAUACAAUUGUACCUUGGAUCCCAAAUGCCCUGGAACUCGGAUCUUUUGGCUCCCAAAUGUCGCAAACCCAGAAGUGAUUGUUCUGGUUUGCGAAUGUUCUUUUGGAAUCCGAAUGUCCAACGGGGCUUCUGUGGCUUCUGAUUGGCUGCAGGAGCUUCCCGCAGCCAAUCAGAAGCUGUGCUUUGGUUUGCGAAUGUUUUGGAAGUCGAACGGACUUCUGGAAUGGAUUCCAUUCGACUUCCAAGGUACAACUGUAUAUGAGUCAGCAUAGAAGGGCUUGUUGCAUUGUGAGCAAAAUAAUCACCUAAUUUUAAAAGAAAAAAGAGAAAAUAACAUGCAGUAACCUUAUGUAUUUAGCAGCGACAGAGUGGGUUGCAGGUACAGUGGCCAGAUUUGGGGGUGGAGUGGGGUGGUGAAAGCACUAUGGGCCCCUAAAACUUGGAAGUGCCUUUUCUUUUUUCCCCUCAAAAGUUUUAUUGAUUUUCCAAAAUUUCUAUACAAACAAACAAACAUAAAUCCUAACUGUAAUUAUUCCACUCUUAAUAACAUUUUUACGUGACUGCCUCAAAUCCCCCUGGUUGAGUUUAAAUAUAUAUCAUUGUAACAGUUUUCCAAAACAAAUUUCUCAUAAAAUUUACUUAAUCAAUUAAUGUCUUUCUUUCUUUUCAUAUUAAAUUUAAACAUGUUAUUCUAUAACAUCACAUAUUUAAAUCCUAAGCCUAUCUGGUGUUUGCAAGUAUUUCUAUUUAAAUUAUCUUAGCAUAUUUAACCAAAUAGUCUUUGAAUUUCCUCCAUUCCUCCUGGUACUCCUCCUCCUUCUGGUCGCAGACUCUUCCGGUUAGGUUGGCUAGCUCCGAAAAGUCCAUCACCUUCAUCUGCCAUUCCUCCAGUGUUGGCACUUCUUGUGUUUUCCAAUUCUUGGCUAACAAAAUUCUAGCUGCAGUUGUGGCAUACAAAAACAAUCUAACAUCUUUCUUGGGCAAUUCCAAACCUGUUGUUCCAAGAAGAAAGGCCUCUGGUUUUUUAAUAAAUGUAUAUUUCAACAUUUUUUUCAAUUCAUUAUAAAUCUUCUCCCAGAAGUCUUUCACCUUGGGGCAGGUCCACCACAUAUGAUAAAAGGUACCUUCUUUUUCUUUACAUUUCCAACAUAGAUUAUCACUAUUGUGAUAUAUCUUUGCUAAUUUUACAGGGGUUAAAUACCAUCUAUACAUCAUUUUCAUAAUAUUUUCCUUUAACACUGUACAUGUUGGGAAAGAAACAUUCUGCACAGAAACAGUAAAGAUGUUUGUACCUUUAAGAACAGUUUUUGUGAGCUCUGGGCUCAUUGGUUGCAGCUGGCCAUGGCUACAAAAGGAGAAAAGCUGCAGUUCGAACUCUGCCUGCAGGAAAAACACCCACAAGCUUUGCUGUUUUUUUGUUUUGAAAUAAAGUCCUUAUUUGAUUUGGUUUUACACCGGUCUCGUGGUGUCACAGUCUUCUGUCAUCUGCCACCAGUGGAAAAUCCCCCUCUAACAGUACAUGCAGUGAACUUGACCCCUUUCCUCCACAACCUUUCCCAGUCUUCAAACAUUAUUUUAUGUCCCACGUCACUUGCCUUUUCUCCUUGCAUCACAUUCCCUAGCAAAGUAAACAGCAGGCUUUGUUUCGAAAGCCCUCAUAACUUUGUGGUGAGAAGAGUUACUGGUUGUAGGGUUGUUGUUUUUAAGAGUCACUUUUGUUUUCAUUUUGCUGUCUAACUUGCUUUAUUAUACGACCACAGCUGGAAAAAGAACUAACAUAUGAGAGAUUGUCGAUAUGGACGAGUUCGGAUAUGAUGCAGAAAAGGAAGGUGGAGCUUCACUUACCAAGGAUCAAACUGGAAGAGAGUUUCGACCUCAAGUCCACCCUAAGCAGUAUGGGGAUGAAGGAUGCUUUCAUUCCAGGCCAAGCUAACUUCUUGGGAAUGUCAAAAAAAGGCGACUUGGCUUUGUCAGAGGUGUAUCACAAGUCCUUUGUGGAGAUCAAUGAAGAGGGCACUGAGGCAGCAGCUGCCUCAGCAGCCACCAUUGUAAUAAGGUCAUCUCAGAAGCCCAUAAAAUUCGAAGCAAACCAUCCUUUUAUCUUCUUUAUCAAGCACAAGGCAACAAAAACCACCCUCUUCUUGGGCAGAUUCUCUUCUCCAUAGAAUGUGGUUGCCAAUGUAAUGAACCUACCAGUACCUCCCAUGGUAAACACACCCUCAAAAAUAAAAAAUGCAUAAGAGAACUUCUUGCCCUUUCUCCCAAGUUAAUGUUGACACUGGAUUUGCCUCUCUUUCUCUCCUCUGCCAACAGCCAUUUUGUGUCAUGCCACAUGCCCCAUGGCAGCCAUUUUGUGAUUGGCACCAUAGCAGUUUCUCAAAAUUCCAAAUGUCCUCAUUGGUCCAAAAAGGUUGGACCAAUCUGAAUAUAAAUGCUUAAGAGCAGGCUGAAAUGCCAUAGGCCUCACAUUUAGGCCUAAUGCUGUUUUAGGCAUAACCUAUAUAAGCUUUUCUGCCUUCCUUCUGUUGCCCAAAUCUGUCUCUGUACAUGACAAGAGUGUGCAGCAUAACAUUCUUAAUUCUUCUCUAAAUGCCAGUCAUCAUUGUCUGUAAAACAUGCAUUUUAAAUCAAUAAAUUUAUUUUUGAAAAUUACUG